AUGGCGGAAACACCAGAAUCUGAGCAUCCAAUCAAGGCCUAUGGUUAUGCUGCUCACGACACUUCUGGAACACUUUCACCUUUCACCUUCUACAGAAGGGCUACAGGUGAAAAAGACGUGAGACUCAAAGUUCUGUAUUGCGGAAUCUGCCAUACUGAUGUUCGCUUCGUGAAUAAUGACUGGGGGGUAACAACAUACCCCGUUACACCAGGACAUGAGAUUGUGGGUGUGGUGACAGAAGUUGGCACCAAAGUGGAGAAAUUCAAGAUCGGAGACAGAGUUGGUGUUGGAUGCUUGGUGGGAUCAUGCGGAUCAUGCGAAAACUGUGCUGAUGAUCUUGAAAACUACUGCCCAAAACAGAUUCUCACUUAUGGUUUUCCCUACCAUGAUGGCACACAGACAUACGGUGGCUACUCCGAUCACAUGGUUGCAGAUGAGCAUUUUGUUCUCCGCUGGCCGGAGAAUUUGCCACUAGAUUCCGGUGCGCCGCUUUUAUGUGAUGGGAUCACAGCGUACAGUCCUCUCAAGUACUUUGGACUAGACAAGCCUGGUAUGAAGGUGGGUGUGUUUGGUCUGGGUGCACUUGGCCAAAUUGCUGUGAAGAUGGCCAAGGCUUUUGGAGCACAAGUUACUGUUUUCAGCACCAACACUGCUAAGAAACAAGAAGCCAUUGAAGGACUGAAAGCUGACCAUUUCAUAAACAGCGAAGACCCCGAACAGAUGGCAGGUGCUACGGGGACGCUUGAUGGUAUCAUCUAUACGGUUUCUGCAACUCAUGAAAUUGCAUCGUUGCUUAAUGCACUCAAACCCCAUGGAAAGCUUGUUAUUAUUGGUUCACCCGAGAAGCCAUUUGAACUACCAUCAUAUUCUUUGCUUACUGGAAGGAAGACUGUUGCUGGUAGUUUGAUCGGAGGGUUAAAAGAGACUCAAGAGAUGCUUGAUUUUGCUGCAAAACAUGGCGUAACUGCAGAUAUAGAGAUUAUUCCGAUCGAUUACGUCAACACUGCCAUGGAUCGGAUGAAGAGGCUCCAUGAAGGAAACCAAUUUGUGAUCGAUAUCGCCAAUUCAAUCAAUGCCGAAUAGGGUGAUACUUUAAGGUCUUGAUGAAUUAAUGUUCUUUUCAUAGAUCUUUUACAUAUUUGUGACCAUGUACCUUGCAAUAAUAUGAGGUUCGAGUUGUAUGC